AUGGCCACCAGACCACAAGAUGUUUUCUCUUUCAAAGACACUGAACUUCCCUCUCACCUGCUCGCAAAGCUCAACGUCCUCCGGCAGGAGCGCAUCCUGACGGACGUCCUGCUCUGCACUGAACACCAGGAGAUCCCCUGCCACAGGAACGUCCUGGUGUCCAGCAGCCCGUACUUCCGCGCCAUGUUCUGCAGUAACUUUCUGGAGAGCAGCCAGGCGCGCGUGAAUCUGAAGGGAAUCUCUUCAAAUGUGCUCAUUGGCAUUGUGGACUAUGUUUAUACGGGCUGCAUCACCAUCACCAUGGACAUUGUGCUCCCACUCAUGCAGGCAGCUUCCAUGCUUCAUUACGGAAGCCUCUUUGAAGCCUGCUCCGUGUUCCUCCAGGAGCAGCUGAGCCCGGAAAACUGCCUGAGCAUGAUCCGACUGUCUGAGAUCCUUCACUGUGAGAGCUUGAAGGAGAGGGCUAAGGAGAUGGCUGUGAGGUCCUUCUCUGACGUGGCCGCUACAGAAGAUUUCUGUGAGUUGUCUCUCCCGGAGCUCAUGUGUUACCUAGAAGACGACCGACUUUGUGCUGAGGAGGAACAAGUGUUUGAGACCCUGCUGGCGUGGAUCCAUCAUGACCCGUUCUCACGACGGGGAGCAAUCCACGAUCUCUUCAAGAAAGUCCGUCUGCGCUACAUCCACCCAACUUACCUCUUCCAGUUCAUUGCCAAUGAUCCACUGGUGCAGAGCUCCAGCCUUUGCACUGAGAUAAUCGAGUCAGUCCGCCGCCUAAUGCUUACAGUCAGCGCCAAGUGCAGCCGUGAGCUGAAGCCUCUGUGGACCACACCGAGACGUUAUACCUGCAGAGAAACGCUGGUGGUAGUUGGAGGACGCAAAAACAACGAACAGACUUCAAGGGAAGCGUUACUCUAUGACGAAAGGACUCAGCGUUGGCAGUGGUUGGCCAAGCUCCCCUUGCGCCUCUACAAAGCCGCGUAUGUGUGCAUUCACAGUAUCCUCUACGUCCUCGGCGGGCUCAGCCUCUGCAUGGCGUCAGGCGACAGCUCGGUCAGCGCUACAGUUUACACACUCUCCCUCAAAACGAACCAGUGGAGAACUGCCGAGCCCAUGCUGGAGCCACGAUAUGCCCACCAAAGCGUCUCAUACCUGCACUUUAUUUUUGUGUUAGGAGGCAUCGGUGUAGAUAAGCGCAUCUCUCAAUCAGUAGAGAGAUAUAACAGUAUGUUUAACCAGUGGGAGGCCAUGGCACCCAUGCCCACAGCCGUGCUUCAUCCAGCUGUUGCAGCCAGUGAUCAGAAGAUCUAUGUUUUUGGAGGGGAGGACGCCAUGCAGAACCCAGUCAGGCUGAUUCAGGUGUAUCACAUCGCUCGCAAUCUGUGGUCCAAAUUAGAGACAAGGACGGUGAAAAAUGUCUGUGCUCCUGCCGCCGUUAUAGACGACAAGAUCUAUAUCAUAGGAGGGUACACCACGCGAAUGAUAGCCUACGACACCAAAGCCAACAAAUUCUUCAAGUGUGAGAACCUGAAGGAGCGACGAAUGCAUCACAGUGCUACAGUGAUCAACGGCAAGAUCUACGUCACCGGUGGACGCAUCCUGAAUGGCCACGACGUCAUCGAGGACUCGGACUGCUUCGAGUGCUACGACCCAAAAACAGACGUUUGGACCUCUAAAGGUUCUCUGCCGUACAAGCUGUUCGACCACGGCUCUCUCCCGCUAGUCUGCGUUUCCAACAGACCCAACCCACCAUGA